AUCCCCGGCCUUUGGAAGCUACUUAGCCUACUACCCGCCCUCUGCCUCUGGAGCACUGGUCCUCAACCCCACCUUUCCCUUCCAUUAUAAAUGGAAUUUUAAAGCCUUUCCUUUCCAGAAAUUAAAACUCUUUAUGAAAAAACCUGUCAUUUUUAGGGUUUUUGCUGCAACGCUGUCAUAGACAUCCCACCAAAUCAAAGUUAAAUGAAGUCCAUUAAUGGCGGGUUUCAAUUUCAAGUAAACCAAGGUUGGUAAAGCUGUAGCCUUAACAACUCCCAAGUCUCUCUUUCCUUUUUCUUCUUGCACAGUAAAUUCUACUGCGUGGAUACAUGGGAAAAAGAUGGUAUUUUUAGCAUAGAAACUGAGAAACACCCUCUCCAGCCUCGUUUUGUUCUCAAAUCUCAAGAAUGUUUGCUUUUCUUGUUUACCAUCUGCUUGGAUGAAUUGGGCCUCAUCUUAGUUGGAGUUUUAUGGGUAAUCUUCUCUUUUCAGUUCAUUUAAGUUCAAAUUGAAAAGAAAAUAUAAGUUGGGUUUCUCUUAAAGGCAGGAAAGUAUGGUCUAAUUAGCUUAUCCUGAGAGGCUUGGGCUUUGAUAUUAGAAAGAGGAGAUCAUGAGAACAAGGACGACGCUCUGGUUCUUCCCAUCUACUCAUCCUCAGAUGUCUUGGAUUCAGUCUCAAAUCAAGGUUAAAGAUGGUCCUACUAUCUUUCCACCUGGUAUUUCUCCUCCUCUUUCUUCUUCUUCUUCUUCUUCUUCUUCUGAUUCCUCAUUUCGAUCUCCUUAUAUUAGUAAUUAUCAGAAUGGAUCAACACCAUCGUCAUCUGGCGGAAGAAUCAGUCCAGCUGUUUUAUUUAUCAUAGUUAUUCUAGCUGUUAUAUUCUUCAUAUCUGGUCUGCUUCACCUGCUCGUUAGAUUCCUCAUAAAGAAACCAUCUACCUCGUCAAUCUCCCAGUCUAAUAGGUACCCAGAUAUGUCCGGCUCGGAUACUCUGCAAAGACAGUUACAACAGCUAUUCCAUCUCCAUGACUCUGGUCUAGAUCAAGCUUUCAUAGAUGCUCUCCCUGUUUUCUUCUACAAGGAGAUAGUGGGACUUAAAGAACCCUCUGAUUGUGCUGUUUGCCUCUGUGAAUUUUCAGAACAAGACAAUCUGAGAUUGCUUCCCAUUUGUAGCCAUGCUUUUCACAUCAACUGUAUUGAUACAUGGCUCCUGUCAAACUCAACAUGCCCUCUUUGCAGAGGGACCCUCUUCACCCCUGGCCUUUCAAUUGAAAACCCAGUUUUUGAAUUUGAUGAUCCAAGGGAGGAGGAUGGGAUUCCCAGUGACAGAGAGGAUAGGUUCACUUGUGCACAGAAAACAGUGGAAACAGGGGAAACAGGGGAGAUUGUUGGGGAAAAGAGGGUUCUUUCCGUGAGGCUCGGUAAAUUCAGGAAUAUAAAUGAUGAUGGAGUAGAAGGAGAAGAGAAAGGAGAAGGAGAGACCAGUAGUCGUAAUCUGGAUGCAAGGAGAUGUUAUUCGAUGGGUUCAUAUCAGUAUGUGGAAGGCGAUUCCAAUCUGCAAGUGGCCUUACGCCAUGAUAGAGAUGCCGGUGAUGUGAAGCUAGUGAAAGGGAGAGCACAUAAUGAGAAUUCUUCGGUUAUUGUGGAUAUGGAAGGGAAGAAACUCAGUAGAGGAAGUAAAGGUGAAAGCUUCUCUGUUUCCAAGAUCUGGCUCUGGUCAAAGAAGGGAAAAUUUCCAAGUUCUUCAGAUUCUCAUAUGGGUAUUCCUUCUUCGUCUCUUAAUGUUGGCUUGCCAUUGCCAGAAAGAACUCAAGAUGUAUGAAGGGGAUACCUGAUCUGUAUCGGCGACCGUUUCCACAUCGACCGAUACUGAUAAGAUGCCGAUACAAAUUAGAUGGAAUUGAGCCGAUUUAGCUUAUCUGAUCUACUUUUUGGUUGAUCCACCUAAUUUGUUUAAGUAUCGUAUUGAUAUUGGGUUCUAGCAAUACUGAGGGUUUUUUUUAUC